AUGGAUUAUGAAAGGUUGGAUACUGUUGACAGCUUAUCCAAGCAAAUUCAAUCUGCAGCUGUUGUUUUAUUACGCAAAGAUCUGUCGGACAGUAAUGAUGAUGUAUUGAAAGAAUUCACCUCUGUCUUUUCUGAAGAUGAAUUGUCUAUCUCAAACUCACUUCGAUCUUUACGACAAUGGGCAGCUUCUGUACCAGAUCUCCUAACCGACGAAAGAAUCUAUGAUCGUGUCAAUCAGUGUCGGAUAAAUGUGUUUAUCACGUUGAAAAAUUUUCUCGACUCAUUACUCCUUUGGUUAUUUAAUAAGGAUUGUAUCACUAAAGACUGGCAAUCUCUUCCUGUAAAUAUACAGUCGAAUGUUAUCCUAAGCCUUUCAAUAUGUUUUCAAGUAAUAAUUAAUCUUCUAAGUGAGUCAAUCCACUCGGUUGAAACAUUUAAUGCCAAUAGUUUACUUACCAUCUUAUUGUCUGGUUCACGACCGUUAAUACUUUUAACGGAUUAUGGAAUGGUGUUGUGGAGAGACAAAUGUCACUGUGUAAAUCACAACAGAGUAUCAAGUCAUUACUCUUAUCUACUCUAUUUAUUAUUUUUACGUAUUGAACAGACCGGAGACAAAAUGCAUGAGUAUGUGCUCCAAAAUAUACUUAGCAAAAUAAUGCAAAAUCAAAGCGUCAUUUCAGGUUUGAUGAUAGGAGCUUGUGAGCCAUCUGAAAACUCGCCUGUCCCAGCAAGACAACUUCACUAUCAAUUACUGGUUACUCAGCUUGCCACAGACUUAGUCAAGUAUACUACUAUUCCUUCAUCAGAAAAAUCUUUUUCAAAUAUUGCAGAGAUUUUAUCGCCUGUUGUUAAUAUCACUGGUGUCGCCUUAUUACUAUUAAGUGAAGAUCAAACUGAUCAGUUGUCAUCAUCUUCACAGACACAGUGUGUUGUAGGCAGAAUCCUACCCACCAGUGUGAAAUCAUGUCUAGGUUAUUGGCUUUCUUUCCUGGCAAUGCUACAUGCUUCUGAGAUGGCAGAUGUGAUGGAUAUUCUCCUACUUGACUUAUCCCAGUUAUCAGUAUCUUGGAUAAAGGAAUUGAUUGAAUAUUCUCCAGCGGAUGAAAUAGGAUUGGGGCUUGGUCGAAAAAAUUCAGAUUGUUUUCCAACUAACUAUUUCCCUUUUGCUCCGCUACGUGCUUUGGUGCAUAUAUUGGCGGGUAUUGCAUUUUCCAGUUUAAAUUCAGAAGUGAUUAUUUCAUCGGCUACAGAUGUGCAUUGUAGUGAUAGUGAUAAACAACUGCCUUGUGAUGAACUUCAAUCACUGUCGAUUAGCCAAGAUAAUGGCGAUUCAAUUAAAACAGAACAGAAGAUGCCUAUUAGUCAAGAGUGUGCUGGUCAACUAUGGAAACUUCUGUGCAAUAUUCUAGUCGGUUUACAUUAUGGAAUUGUUAAAAUUGAAGAAACUUAUAAUAUCUCUGAUUCAUUGGAAGGCAAUUUACCGCUUCGUAAUGAUCCUGUCGAGGAGAAAGACUUCAAAGUUCACGCAUCAAGACUGGCUAAGAAAAUGGUAUUACUUCCUAGAACAUCAGCUUUCUCAUUAGUACAAGUUGUUGGUUUUAAACAAGACGUUAUUCGAUGUAUGGUUGGAUUGAUUACACAAUUUCCUCAGCUAUCACUUGCUUUAGCACAGCACAAGUUUAAUAUCAGUGAAUAUUUGACGAGGAGAACAUCGAUGAAUAUUGAUGUAGAUAAUAUUUCAACCUUGCCUGACUCAUCAUCCUCACCGAUGUCAUCAACAACAUCUUUUUUAUCUGCAUUUGAAGUGAUUUUAGAUUCAACCAACCGGGAUCCAUUCAAUUCAUUCUGUGCAGAAUGGGCUAUUCUGUUGAUUCGUUUAGCUUUAAAAUCAUCUAAUCAUCCGGAUAGUUCUGAAGCGAUAGCUAUCCUGUCAUCAAAGCUCAAUGGAUUGAAAAGCAUUCCAUAA